ACAUGGUCUGAGCGGCUUCAAACUCAUCCUACACCCGAGAUUAACUGUCCUGUGUGUACUCGGUCCCUUUAGUGUCGUAAAAGCAGAAACGCUCGCCGUGGAUGUUCUUCUGUUAGCAUGCCUGCUAAAGCAAAACAGCAUCGUUAAGGAAGAAAUUAAACAGUAUUAAACAUAAACAUUUACAGCAACGAGCGUCGUCUGUGAACUCUCAGUGAGCAGCACUCGAGGAGUCGAUACUCAUGCACUUUAUCAGGACUGAGUGUUCAGGGUGCAGAAUGCCACUGUGCUUUCACAGUGUCUCUGAUCCUCUGCCAUACUGAAGACCCCACACUGUGUUGCAUUUGUAAAUAUGAGACCGUUGUUGAAUACAGUGUAUGCAUGUUUAAGUCUGCUGCCACCCUGAAGUCCAUGAUGGAUCGCUCCAUGACUGUCUUAAGCGUGUGGGAGUGAAGCCUUGGAUAUUUGAGCAAGAUGGAAGGAGACGUGGCUGUACAAUGGGAUACAAUCGAGCCGGCCGUUGUUUCUCUGGCCAAUCCAUGUUACGGAAAUGACAGCCAUGUGAUAUCAUCACAAGGACCUGAGUGUGAACAUGAGACGGGUGAUGAUUUUGAUUGUGAAUUCCCUGACAUAGACUUUGAUUUGGACGUAGAUGAGAAUGAAGAGCAAAAUACCAAAACUGAAGAUCUGAAUGACGAUAGGAUUUCUGAGGAAGACGUGGAGACAUGUGAAAGAGGAGGAAAAGUUGAAUUAUUGAAUGAUUUUAGAGACAAUGGAGAGGCUAGAUCUCGCAGUGCUGGAACGGGUAGGAAAGGAAAGUCUAAAAAGGGUGGAUCGGGGCAGGGGCCUUGCGAUCAAACCCCAUCAUGGACAUCUCCAUCUUUCAUGUCUCAGAAAUCAUUGCUGGCGUCCUCUGGGCCUAGCAGACACAAGCAGGUGAAGCGGCGAAACCUCCAUCUGCACAGUCACAGACGCCAGAAGAAGGGGAUCCAGCUGGUCAUGGUGUGUUGGGAUUUCCUGGCAGAUGUGGUCAGCCCCUGGUGCGUGUCCUGCAUCCAUAUGUUCGUGGAGCUCAUCAUCUCUUUGACCCACCGCUGUGGGGUUGCUGUUGAAUCAUCUGCACUUGCACUAUACCACUUUGGACGACACUUGCUUUACAAAGUGACAGAUAUUCCAGGCAUGACGCGAGAUUUGGGGCGAUUCCUGGACUGGAGCUGGGGUUCAGGUGUGGCUGUAUUUGAGGGCAUCGGCAGGUCUGUGCGCUGGGCUCGACAUGCACUUCUUUCCAGUUUGAGAUUUGUUUGUGCUGCACUAAGCUCUGGCUCUCAGAUGUUGAGGUGUAUUGUGGGAAGGCUGGCAGGAGAGAGAGGCAGGAAAUGGUGGCUUGCUCUUCAGAGCAGCAGGGUUUGGAGGAAAGUGUCGGAUCUGACCAUGAGGAUUCAUGGGUGUUUCUUUAAAAAAGCUGUCAUGAGGGAAAGCUCAAAUCCAGAGUCUCCCAACAGAGGAGCAGACAAGUGGCAACCUGGUGAAGAACUGCAGAGACUGCUGGCUCUAGCAAAGAUCCCUGAAGAUGAGUUGGACCCAUUUAAUGUUCUUGGAGUGGAUAUUCAUGCCACUGAAUCAGAGCUCAAGAGAGCUUAUAGACAGCUGGCAGUACAGGUUCAUCCAGACAAAAACAAGCACCCAGGUGCUGGUGAGGCCUUUAAGGUGUUGAGAGCAGCGUGGGACAUCGUCAGUAACCCGGAGACUCGGCGAGAGUAUGAAUUGAAGCGUAUGGCAGCGACAGAGCUUUCAAAGUCCAUGAAUGAGUUCUUGACCAAACUGCAGGAUGACCUGAAAGAAGCCAUGAACACAAUGAUGUGCACUAAAUGUGAGGGCAAGCACAAGCGCUUCGAGAUGGACCGUGCGCCUGGUGAGGCCCGAUUCUGUGCUGAAUGUAGUAAGAGGCACAGUGCUGAGGAGGGAGACCUGUGGGCUGAAUCAAGUAUGCUGGGACUGCGCAUCACAUACUUCGCCUUCAUGGAUGGCAAAGUCUUUGACAUCACUGAGUGGGCAGGCUGUCAGCGCAUAAGCAUCUCUCCAGACACACAUCGUGUGCAAUAUCACAUCUCUUUUGGCUCAAAAGGUAGCAGCAGCACCAGCCGCCACAGAUCCCCAUCAGAUCACGCAGCAGGUGGAGGCUCACCUGCAGACCUGCACGACUUCUUCAACCACUUCUUCCAGACUGGAGCUCCCAGUGACAUGUCUGCUAAUGGAGGAUUCUUCCCAACAGGAAACCCGCCGCCUCAUUCCUCGGGAGCAGCUGCAGGGACUUCAACAACGUUUUCAGGGUCUUCUCCACAAACAGGGCUCUUUAGUCCAGGGGCCCAACAACGGGGCGAAACCAGCGAACACUGGACUGACGGAGGAAAGCCCCCACGCCGACGCAAGAAAGUCCGCAAGCCAUUCCAGCGCUGAGAAAUGCAAUAUUUUACAGAGAUAGAGUACUGUCUGUUGCAAUUUUUGACAUGAUUUUGGCCAACUAAUGCAACAAAACAAGGAUAUAAUCUUUUGACCUCUGUUGAGCAUUCAAGCGUUGGUGCGU